AGACUCAUCUGUCACAAUCUGUGCAGCUGUAGGUUAGGUUUUUAAUUCGUUUAAUAAUAGUGUAUUGUUUUUUUGUUUUGCAACAAUGCUCGAUCUUUUUACAAUAUUCAGCAAAGGAGGCAUUGUCCUCUGGUGCUUUCAGAGUACAUCGCAAAUUUUUACACCCAGCGUCAAUGCACUUAUUCGUAGUGUCAUUCUGCAGGAACGUACCGGAAAUCAUACUUACGAGCAUGAAUCGCUUCGUCUUCAGUACAAGUUGGAUAAUGAAUUUGAAUUAAUAUUUGUCGUUGCUUAUCAGAAGAUACUUCAACUCUCGUAUGUGGAUAAAUUUUUGAAUGAUGUUCAUUUGGAAUUUCGUGAUCGCUUCAAGAAUGAAUUACAAAAUUCCCAAUGGUUUUUUGAUUAUCAAUUCAAAAAGAGUUAUGAGAGUAUUUUACAUUCUGCGGAAAAUUGGGGUAAAACGCAGGCAAAAAUACCGAAACAAAUGCGAACUUUUGACGAAAGUCUCAAGUCAAAGAAAACCGUAGCUAGUAUGAUUGAACGAAAAGAUGACAAGGAAAAUAAAAAACAAGGUAAAAAGAAGAAAGGGACCAAUGCUACUGAUGAUGAUUCGAUGGUUACACCAGAAGUUUCUCAUGUAGAAUCUCCUAAAGCAGUACAAAAUGUAAGCGAAGAUGACUCUGAGGAUGUUUUGUUAAUGAAUCGAAUGAAACUCGCUCAAAAGUUUUCCGGGCAGAAAAAGAAAGCUGACAAACAAAAAAGUCCAAAACCUGAGAAAGCAGGGAAAAAACCUCGUGUUUGGGAAUUGGGUGGUACAACAAAGGAUCUCGCCUCCCUGGAACGCACUAGAGACAAACCGGAGGAUGAAAAUAAUUACGUUCCAGCUGAUAAGACACUAAUUGGCAUGAUGAAGGGCGGAAUUAAAGAUCUAGAAGUGGACAGUGAUUCAGAAAUGGAAAUUGAGGAUGAUGAAGAUGAGGAAGAAGUGAAAGUAAAUAAACCGACAGUACAAAAGAAAUCUAGUGGAAUGUUCUCCAUGUUCAAGAGUCUUGUAGGAAAUAAAUCGUUGAAGCACGAAGAUAUGCUUCCAGCGCUUGAUAAAUUUAAAGAUCAUUUAAUCUCAAAAAAUGUUGCUUCCGAUAUUGCGGGUAAACUCUGCGAUUCAGUUGCCACAAAACUCCAGGGCAAAGUUCUUGGUACAUUCGAGAGUAUUGCAAGUACAGUGAAAGCAACAUUGAACGAUGCCCUCGUGCAAAUUCUCUCGCCAAAGCGAAGAGUCGAUAUUUUACGUGACGCUUUUGAAGCAAAGAAAAAUAGUCGACCCUAUGUCAUGGCAUUCUGCGGUGUCAAUGGAGUUGGAAAGUCAACAAAUUUAGCAAAAAUUUGCUUCUGGCUGAUUGAAAAUAAUUUCCGUGUUUUGAUCGCCGCUUGCGAUACAUUCAGAGCCGGAGCUGUUGAGCAGUUGAGAACGCAUAUGCGUCAUUUGAAUGCACUACAUCCGGCGGAGAAGCAUGGAAAUCAAACGAUGGUGCAACUUUAUGAGAAGGGAUAUGGAAAGGAUGCGGCGGGUAUUGCAAUGGAGGCGAUUCGUUUCGCAAAGGAAUCGAGAUUCGAUGUUGUUUUAGUUGAUACCGCUGGAAGAAUGCAAGACAACGAACCUUUGAUGCGAGCUUUGACCAAAUUGAUCAAAGUUAAUGAUCCUGACCUUGUUCUUUUUGUUGGAGAGGCGCUUGUCGGUAAUGAAGCUGUGGAUCAAUUGGUCAAGUUUAAUCAAGCCUUAGCUGAUUAUAGCAGUUCUAAUAAUCCUCAUAUUAUCGACGGUAUCGUACUGACUAAAUUUGAUACUAUAGAUGAUAAGGUUGGUGCAGCUAUUUCGAUGACAUAUAUCACUGGCCAGCCAAUCGUUUUUGUUGGAACUGGUCAAACCUAUACAGACCUUAAAUCGUUAAAUGCAAAGGCUGUGGUACACGCUCUGAUGAAGUAAAUCAUGUUCCAUUAUAUAAAUACUGAAUACAUUCGCAUUAUUUAUCAUUGCUAAGAAUUACGAAAACAGUUUCAAUUACUGUAAUUAUAA